AUGUCAGAAAGUCCUACCACUGCUUCGCGCAACCAAAGAGAUCCUGGUAGUCCGACUAUCACGGGCAUCCCGUCCAUUUUGACAGUUCUUCGCGAGCCUGAAUCCUUCUCGACGAUCGACGACAGGCGAGGGCAACAGUACCGCCAACAAUCUCCAGAGACUGCCUCGAAGCUAGCGCGCGAGACUCUCAUCAGUAUGUGUAAGACAAUUGGUCUGGUCGGCGCACAGCUUAAUAAUGGGACGAAUGACUCCGACUUCCAGCUCAGGCAGCUCAUUCACUUGGCACGCAACAUAACCAAGCGGCUUGACAGUCCUGAGCUAAACGGGCAGAACGGACACGCCGGCUCCCCUCGCUCGGACUAG